AGACUUGAAGCAGGCUAAACUUUGUUCCAUAUCUUUCCUUUUGUUACAGCUGUCGUGACUACAAUUAAUUUUAUUUUAGUUAAACUAAAGUAGAAAUUACUUUGGCUAAAUUAAAGUAUGCAUUUGGGACUGUGGGAUAACAACUAUUCUGUAACUGGAUAUUCAGCAUAGAUAAGUGAAUAUAAGCAGGAAGUAAUGCAUGUCUGAAAAGGCUGUUUGAACAUUUUUAUCCCUAGUCCUCCGUAUUCCAGUGUCAUCUUCAGGAGUGCUCUGGCUGUCCCCAGGAACAUGGAGCCUUCAAUGAACAAUAAUACAGAAAAUCUUCAUCAAAGGAAAGUAAAACUUCAACGAGACAAAGGCAUUCAGAAAGCAAACCUUAUUGCCAGUGGAUUCCAGUUUAUUAAGACCUUUUAUACGCUGCUAAGGAAGGUCCCACAGACAGAUGAAGAAGCUAAGAAAAUAAUGCGUGCUUAUAUGGAAGAGGUGUUGCAUGGAAUAUUUUUCUUUGGAAGCAUACAUGCUAUACCAGUCAAACCUGAGGAGUUCUUUCCUGAUGGUCAUCAUGAAGAUUUUAAAAAUAUCUUUCCUGAACCUUUUGAGAAAUACAACACCCAUUUACCAGUGAGGACACCUUAUUCAGUGCUUCUUGUACUUGUCGUCAAAAUAAAAAGCACCGGUAAUAUGAAUGAAAUUCUACAGCUGUUGACUGAGACUAACACCUUCUUGCAGAAGCCAUCUCCCACAGAUAACACAGUAUGGAACAGUAAUGAUUAUUGCUUUGACUCUACUGUUGUUAGCCAAAGCUAUUUCAAAGAUCCACAGACCGAUAAAGGUUCUGAAAUGUUUUGGGGAGCAUCUCUGGCCUGUAAAGGCAAGGUGGAAAGAGAAAUCCUUAUUUAUAUUUCUUGCAUUAAAGCCUGGAAUAAAGCAGUAGCAUAUGCAGUGCAUUAUGCACAGACAGGCAGAGCUAUCAAGUUCCCAAAUUAUGUAUAUUCAGAAGCUUUCAGGUCUGGAAGGAGAAACAAUAGUCCUUAUGAAUCUAUUCCACCAUGCCUUAAGUGUGUUUCUUUGUUUCAUAAUAUCAGGUUCAUCCCACAAUCUGAGGAAGAACAUCAUGCGGCUUGGCCAUAUGGGAACUGUGCAGAGGCUGAGUCAUUCAGUAAGCUGCUAAACACACUGUCCAAUGUACUGGAUGAUGUGAAGGCUGUAAUAAAUGGUGCAGAGGAGCCAUUCACACAGGAGAUGAUUGACUUUGUGGCCAACUGCCAGAAAAGUGCAGCACAAAAACUUAAAUCAAGGAAAUUUCUACUCACAGAAGAUUGGCACUUUUUCGGGUGCUGUACAGGAUAAUGAAAAAAAUAAAUAAAUGCAGCGGAGGCUGUCUGCAUGAUUAAAAUGUUGUGUUUGCAACAGGAGGAAGUAUGAGACAGUGAAGUAAACUGAAGACACAACUGUUCUACUGCAUUCCAACUAUAGGACAUAACAUGAAAUACUUUAAAUGUGUAAUUACACUAACAAUUUUUUUUCAGUAGCAGAAAACUACAGUAAUAAAAAUAAAUCUAAAUGUUGAUACA